AUGAAUUUCAUUACCGAACGUCUUGCAAACUCUUUAGGACUUCCGCAACAGAAGUGUUCCAUCUCAAUCAAAGCCCUCGAUGUUCUAUCAACGACGUCAAAUCGUUUUAUUACAGCCACGAUCACAUCCACUAACGGAACCUACCAACGCACCUUAACAUUUCUCAUCGUACCAACAAUUUCGACAUCCAUUCCGGAUCAACCCAUAGACCGAUCAACAAUCCCAAUACCCCAGAAUAUCCAUCUUGCCGAUCCAACAUUCCAUGUACCAUCCCCAAUCGAUAUUUUGCUGAGCUCAGGGCCCACCAUUGCAUCUCUAUGUGUCGGCCAAAUCAACCUUAAUCCGCCAACAGGCCCCGACCUCCGUUUACAAAAAACACACUUCGGGUGGGUCAUCGGGGGGAGCCCGGUCUUCCCGUCAACGGCCAGGGCAUUUCACACCUUCACAGUAGAUCUUGAAACGGAUCUUACUCGCUUUUGGGAACUCAACGAGGGACCACAAACAAAACACGUGUCAGAAGCGGAUCGACGAUGCGAGGAACACUUUCAAGCGCACGUCCAACGCACCAGCGAAGGGCGAUACAUCGUCGCACUCCCGUUUAACGACAAACUUUCCUCACUCGGAUCAACUAAAACAAUGGCGAUGAAACGACUCGCCUCUCUUCAGCGCCAAUUCCAACGAGAUCGGAAAUUCGAAGCAGCAUAUCGGGCAGUAAUUCAGGAAUACGUGGAAUUAGGGCACAUGACGACAAUCGCAUCACAUCACCAAUCAGCCGAUGAACACUAUCUGCCACAUCACGGCGUAAUCAAGGACUCGAGCACAUCUACAAAGCUCCGCGUCGUGUUCGACGGAUCCGCACCGAGCACCACCGGAGUUUCUUUGAACGACACCCUUCACACAGGACCGAAGUUACAAGAGGACUUGUUCGAUAUUCUCUUGAGAUUCCGCUCUCAUCAGUAUGUUCUCACGGGUGAUAUCGAGAAGAUGUAUCGACAAUUUCUCGUACGCCCGGAAGAUCGUAAGUAUCAGAAAAUUUUGUGGCGCAAUUCGAACGGUGAAAUCGAAACUUAUCAACUCAACACCAUCACGUUCGGCCUGUCGGCCGCACCCUACCUAGCUAUCCGAUGUCUCAAACAAUUGGCAGACGAUGAAGGACAUCGAUUUCCGCGAGCUUCGUCAGUCUUGCAGCGGGAUUUCUACGUCGACGACGCCCUUACCGGGGCUGACACGAUGAGCGAGGCGUUGUCAAUCAGAACAGAACUCACCGAACUUCUCCAACUGGCCGGCCUGAAAAUCAGAAAAUGGGCAUCCAACAACCGCGAACUACUCAACGGACUAUCGGACCACGACAUAAACCAAAACCUACAAUUGGGUGAGUCCCAACCAUUAAAGACACUUGGAGUUUUUUGGAGGUCCUCCGAUGAUUCAAUCCUUUACUCGGUCGCCGCCAUGGCCAAUAUUCCUCACGUUACCAAACGAUCGAUCAGCUCCGUAAUCGCUAGGAUUUAUGAUCCUUUAGGACUGCUCGCGCCAGUAAUUGUUCGAGCAAAAAUAUUACUACAGAGAGUCUGGGCACUGAAGGUCGAUUGGGAUGAAUCACUUCCCGCAGAUUUCCAUUCCGAAUGGAGCCGCUAUUAUUCCCAAUUAGCGCUCCUGAACAAUAUCUCGUUCCAACGCAAGGCAAUAAUCGGAUCCGCAAAAGAAAUCGAAAUGCAUGGUUUCUGCGAUGCAAGCGAGAAAGCAUACGGAGCUUGCGUUUAUCUACGAACCGUUAAUCCUGACGGCCACGUGCAGGUCCAGCUUUUAGCUGCAAAAUCAAGGGUAGCUCCGCUCAAGUCCCAAACCAUUCCUCGGCUUGAAUUGUGCGGAGCCCUUCUUCUUACGUCCCUGAUGUCUACCAUACAACAGGCUCUAUCGCGCAAUGUGUCUCGAGCCGUCUACUGGACCGACUCCACCAUCGUCCUCCAUUGGAUAAGCACGUCUCCUCACACACUGAAAACAUUUGUUGCCAACCGAAUCUCCGAAAUCCAGACUAGAACUAGUUCGCACGAUUGGCGCCAUGUUCCGACCAACGACAAUCCCGCGGAUCUAAUCUCGCGAGGACAAACGCCUGAGGAAUUUCUACGCCCGACUAUUUGGCAACACGGUCCUGAAUGGCUCCAACUGUCUGAAGAACACUGGCCGACAUGUACACUGCCACCACAAACGGAAUUACCGGAACAAAAACGAGCAACCUGUAUGUCCGCAACCCCCGCCGAUCAUGGAUUUCUAGAAAGGUAUUCAUCUUGGCCUAAGUUGAUCAGGAUCAUCGCUCGCUGUCUCCGUUGGAAACAUAAACAUAACCCGACUACACCCAUCACGGCAACUGAAUUAAAUACAGCCCACAACAAGAUCAUCAAACUAUUGCAAGGCAUCUAUUUUUCCGCAGAAAUACGUGCGCUCCAGAAGGAUCGAGACGCAACAAUAAAGGGAAAGCUCACGCGACUCAACCCGUUCAUAGAUAAGGAAGGCAUAUUACGCGUAGGCGGCCGACUUAGUCAUUCACUGAUACCUUUUCCUCAAAAACAUCCUAUAAUCUUGCCUAAGUCAUAUGUUACAGCACGCAUUAUCGAUCAUGCACACAACGUCCACAUGCACGCAGGAACACAAGCUACGCUGUACGCCGUACGACGAAGAUACUGGCCCAUCGACGGUCGAAGUCAAGUUUGGCAUACGAUCAAGAGCUGCGUCCGUUGCUGCCGCGCUCAUCCACCGCCGGUGGAUUACAUUAUGGGUGAUUUACCUGAGGCGAGAGUGACCGAGUCACGCCCAUUCACGAACGUCGGCGUCGACUACUGCGGACCAUUCCAUAUCAAGGAAAGGAGAGAUCGCAACCGCCGCCAGGUCAAGGCAUAUGUUGCCAUCUUUGUAUGCUUAGCGGUUAAGGCGGUGCAUAUCGAACUCGUCGGCGAUCUCAGUAGCGAGGCCUUCAUCGCCACACUCCGAAGGUUCAUCGCUCGACGCGGGUUUUGCUCUACCAUCCAUUCCGACAACGGCACAAACUUUGUUGGCGCGAACAACGAAUUACGUGAGCUUCACGAACUCCUACGAUCGGACGAUCAUAAUUCCAAGGUGGCCUCAUUUCUGUCAGAUAAGCACAUUGAAUGGCAUUUUAUUCCCCCUCAUACCCCGCACUUCGGCGGACUCUGGGAAGCAGCGGUAAAGUCAUUUAAACGUCAUCUCAAACGCGUAAUCGGCAACGAGUUACUCACCUUCGAACAAUUCAACACCCUCAUUAUUGAGAUUGAGGCAAUCCUCAACUCACGACCGUUAACUCCGAUAUCCUCCGAUCCGAACGAUCUCCUAGUCCUCACUCCCGGCCAUUUCCUCAUCGGCGAUUCACUAAUGAGUUUACGGGAGCGAGAUUUCAGAGACGUCCCUUCCAAUCGGCUCUCCAGAUGGCAACAUCUUCAGCAGAUCAGGCAACAUUUUUGGAAUCGCUGGCAUAAGGAAUAUUUAAACGAAUUGAGCAACCGCAGCAAAUGGAACAAGGGUGGGCACAACAUCCAGGAAGGCGCAAUCGUCAUCCUCAGAGAGGACAAUGUGCCCUCUAUGCAGUGGCCUCUGGGACGAGUUAUCAAGGUCCAUCCAGGCGACGAUGGUGUCAUCCGAACGGCUACGAUUCAAACGGCGAAAAACAUCUUGGAUCGAGGCAUCAAAAGACUUGUCCCACUGCCAAUCCAGCCUGACUUCGAGGAAUCCGGACAAUCAGCAGUUGAGACGAGGGGGCAUUAG